GCCCGCCCCGCCAGGGGACAAAUUAAGGUCCCGAAUUAACAUCCCUCCCCCACCCCACGUCCCCUUCGUCUCCCCGUGGUUUUCCUGCCUCCGUCCUCUUGCGCCAGCGUUUCCUGCCCGGGGCUGGGCGCGGGGGAAGAAGCACCCAACGGCCACCGGCCACCGGCGGUGACGAGGACAGCGAGGAUCCACCAGCCCCACCGGAGGCUCCAGGAAGGGCCGUCGGAGCCCCCAGGCCCCUCUCCCACCACCGCCGUCAUGGCCUCCUGCCCCGCCAACGUCUCGUCCCCCGCCAACGCCACCACGGCCCCCGUCCCCGGCGCAGCGCUGGGGCUGACCCUGCUGUCGGUGGCAGCGGCGCUGGGGCUGCCGGGCAACGCCGUUGUCCUCUGGGGCUGUGCCGUCACCCGCCGGCGCAGCGUCCCCGUCCUCCUCAUCUUCCACUUGGCCUUGGCCGACAUGGUCACCCUCCUCACCGGUCCCGUCUACAUCCGGGCCUUGAGCGUUGGCCAAUGGACCAUGGGCUUGGCCGUCUGCCGCGGGUGCAACUACCUCUGCGCCGCUGCCAUGUACGUCAGCAUCUUCCUCAUUGCUCUCCUGGCUCUCCACCGGUGCUUGGCGGUCUCCAGGCCGGUGACGACGGUGGUGACGGCGGGCGAUCAUGCCGGACGGUUGGCUCACGGAGCGGCAGCGGUGACUUGGUCGGCGGCUUUGGUCUUGGCCAUCCCAUCCAUCGUCUUCCGGCAGGUGAAGGACGGGCACUGCAAGCGGGUGCACGGCACGAAGGCUUGGUUGGUGGCCCAAAACCUUCUAGAGACCAUCUUGGGUUGGGCCCUGCCGUUGACCGCCAUAGCCACCGGCUACGGGUUACUGGUCUGCCGGUUACACCAGACCCGCCUGGCCCGGCGUGGUCACACCUUCUGCCUGGUGGUCGCCGUGGUGGUGGCCUUCGCCGUGGCGUGGGGACCUUACCACGUGGCCAGCCUGUUGGAGGUGGCAGCGGUCCUCCAAGGGGAUGGGGGGACCUUGGAAGCGGCCGCCAAAGCCACCCGGCCGCCGGCCACCGCCUUGGCCUUCCUCAGCAGCGCCAUGAACCCCCUCCUCUACGCCUGCGCCGGGCGGAGGCUGCGCCGCGGCGCCGUGGGGUCUCUCCUGCCGCGGCUCCUGGAGAUCUCGGCCAUCGCCGGCAGCUCCCGAGGGACCGUGGCCAAGGGGACCACGCAGGGGGGGAGGGGCUGGGGGGGAAGGGAGGGGGGAGGGACGACGGCGGGGGAGGAGGGGACAAUGCUGGAGGAGGAAGGGGGGCGGGGGGAAGGGGGAAGGGCACGAGGAGGGGGAGGGUGUGGGGAGGGGGCGGUUGGGCAACGAGGAGACCCCUAAAACGAGCCCCUCCCGCGGUUCAUCCGUCCCCCCCUCCAGCGCUCCAGCCCUCCCACCCCCGUCCCCCUCCCUCCC